CCUGCGCGAGCCAGUCCGACGUUACCUCUGCAGAGGAAAACGCGAUGGAGCCCUGAACAUUUUUAAUUUCUAUCUCCUUUGACCCCUGGAAAAACAGUACUCGUAUCCAAAUACUGCUUUAUCUGUUGUUUAUUCGAGGCUUAACAGGGCGGUGCAACAAUGUGGAUCCAGGUUCGCACGAUAGACGGGAAGGAGACGCGAACCGUUGAGGAUCUUUCUAGAUUGACCAAAAUUGAGUCUUUACGGUUGAAAAUACAGGACAUCUUCAGUGUAAGCCCUCAACAGCAGCGUCUGUUCUACCGUGGAAAGCAGAUGGAGGAUGGACAGACACUGUUUGACUACAAUGUGGGACUCAAUGACAUUGUCCAGCUGCUGAUUCGCUCACAGACCGACCCUCCAGACAGCCCCGCCACUAAGGACCCCUCUGGUGUGUCCUGUGGAUCAGCUCCCCCUCCCGACUCAAGGUCGGAAAGCUGCAACUCCCCAGCUCCCGCCUCCCCCGCUGCUAUGGAAACCUCCACCAAUAUAGACAAUGACAGCAGCAGCGUUACCACCAGCACUGUUAACGAAACAAAGCCGGAUGCUAGCGCUACCAGUAACUCAGCCAGUCCCAAAAAUGGGUUCAACUCCUCCAGUCCGGCAUGCGACACCCAGCCGCCCACAUCCAGCAGAAACACACUAAUCGACCCAGGGAUUGGUGUGUACAAGAUUAAUGAGCUGGUGGACUGCAGAGACGUCAGCAUUGGUGCCUGGUUUGAGGCUUGCAUCGAAAAUGUGACACGAGCUCCCAAAGAACAGAUAACGCCCACCAAGGGCAAGGUGGGCCGGCCCCCAAAAAGGACUAAUGGAAAGCUGGAGGCCGAACAGGGACAGGCCCACGGCCAGGGCCUAACCACAGACAGUAACAGGAAUAAUGUUGUGUUAAGCUCUGAGAGUAAUGGAGCCUCCACCUCUCAGACAGACUCUACUGCAGCUUCGGAGACCAAGGAGAGAGAAGAGGAUGUAAUUUACCACAUUAAAUAUGACGACUACCCAGAGAACGGUGUGGUGGAGAUGCGACCAGUGGACGUGCGGCCACGUGCAAGGACCCUGCUGCGGUGGGACCAGCUCCAGGUUGGCAUGAAUGUGAUGGUCAACUACAAUUUGGAGACCCCAGAUGAGAGGGGCUUCUGGUUUGAUGCUGAGGUUCAGAACCUCAACCAAGCCUCCCGCACCAACAAGGAGCUCCGAGUCAAGAUCCUCCUGGGUGGACCUGGAGAUGUAAUUGGGGAUUGUAAAGUUCAGUUUCUGGAUGAAAUCUACCAGGUGGAGACACCAGGAGCUCGAGCACUCUCAGCAUCAGAUGGACAAUUUAAACGGAAGAGCGGCCCAGAGUGUAAGCACUGCAAGGCUGACCCCGAUGCUGAGUGUCGCUUCUGCUCCUGCUGUGUGUGUGGCGGGAAGCAGGACGCUCAUAUGCAGCUGCUGUGUGACGAGUGUAACAUGGCGUUCCACAUCUACUGCCUCAACCCGCCACUGGCCACCAUCCCUGAUGACGAGGACUGGUACUGCCCCACCUGUAAGAAUGACACCAGUGAGGUUGUUAAGGCAGGAGAGAAACUCAAAGCCAGCAAGAAAAAAGCCAAGAUGCCUUCGGCAACAACUGAGAGUCAAAGGGACUGGGGAAAGGGUAUGGCGUGUGUGGGGCGUACCAAGGAGUGCACGAUUGUUCCUUCAAACCACUAUGGACCGAUACCUGGUAUUCCUGUUGGAACCACCUGGAAAUUCAGAGUUCAGGUGAGUGAGGCAGGUGUUCACAGGCCGCAUGUUGGUGGUAUCCACGGGCGCAGUAACGAUGGCUCCUAUUCACUGGUGUUGGCUGGAGGCUUUGAGGAUGAAGUGGACCGGGGAGAUGAGUUCACCUACACAGGCAGUGGGGGUCGUGACCUCUCAGGAAACAAACGGAUUGGAGAGCACACUUUUGACCAGACCCUGACACACAUGAACAGAGCGUUGGCCUUAAACUGUGAUGCCCCCUUAAAUGACAAAGACGGGGCAGAGUCCAGGAACUGGCGAGCAGGAAAGCCGGUGAGAGUUGUGCGCAGCUCCAAAGGUCGACGCAUAAGCAAAUACGCUCCUGAGGAGGGAAACCGCUACGAUGGUAUUUACAAGGUGGUGAAGUACUGGCCAGAGAUCGGAAAGUGUGGUUACCUGGUGUGGCGGUACCUGCUGAGACGGGACGAUUUGGAACCAGCGCCGUGGACGCCUGAAGGACUGGAGAGGAUAAAGAAACUGGGCCUUUCUGUUCAGUACCCGCCUGGCUACUUGGCGGCCAUGGCUAACAAAACAAAGAAGGAGGCCUGUGCUCGACCUGGCCGUGGCGGCCGCAGUAAGCACUAUCCUGGGAGGGGGAGGUCACGGAGACGCAAGAUCAAGGAGAAAGAAGAGAAUGAGGAGGAAGAGGAUGAGGAGCUGAUGGCCGGUGUGGAUGAAGAGGAGCCACAGAGUAAUGGAGAGCAGAAGACAGCCCAUGAUAGUGAGUCGUCACCAGCGUCUGAGCCUCCCACUAAGAAGGUGAAGAUAGAGGAGACUUUCCAGCUGUCAGAACAGCAGCAACAGUUGAUCCGGGAGGACACAGCCAACAAGAAACUCUGGGAUGAAGCCAUGGGACACCUUAAAGAGGGACCGAAUUUCCUGCGGAAGAUGGAGCAGAUCUUCAUGUGUGUGUGCUGCCAGGAGCUGGCCUUCCAACCCAUCACCACCGUCUGCUCACACAACGUUUGCAAGAGCUGUCUACAACGCUCGUUCCGAGCGAAGGUGUACACCUGCCCCGCCUGCCGUCACGACCUGGGCAAAGACUUCGUCAUGACCCAAAACGUGACACUUCAGGUGCUCCUCGACCAGUUCUAUCCCGGCUACAGCAAGGGCCGGUGAGGUCGAAAUCACAUUUACAUAUAAGUAGAAUACAUACAUACACGCACAUAAGCAUCCAUUCUGUGCACCCGCGUAUACCGUCAAGUACCUAGAGCUCCACUUUAAAAUGCGUUGCACACACAUACUGUACUUACCCACAGGCAAAUGUAUAUUGCAUAUAUACAGCCAUUUAUGUAUACAAUCAUUCAUACACAAACAACCUCAGUAGGGACUGACCUCAUCUGUUGAACCUGGACUGUCUCCAUUAACAUCACCAGCCUGAAAUUUCAACCAAGGACAUUUUUUUAACCUCCUAUCUCCUGCCCCCUACAAAUGCACAAAAGGAGCCCACAUUCACACCCAUUAGCCAAGAUAUUAGCUCAUUUGUUUGUGUUUGUUCACACAUAAAUUGACAUACAGCACGUUGUUUGAGUGCAAAUUUCUCCCAAGCAAUAUCAUAAAAUCAGCCAUUAGACUCCUGCCAACCUGUACCCAUUUUUGUGUACCAUGUACGCAGUUUUACACCAAAAAAAACUGAGCUGCUACAUAUAUGUGCAGUAUUUCAGUCAGCUGGGCUGGCAAACAAAGGUGCUAGUUUAACGCGGUGACUUUGGCACAGCAGGACAUAACACCCCCUGCACAACAUUCAGAAUGAGCAAGUCAUGGGACUGAGAGAUGGCAAGCUAAAAUUAGAAAGUCAAGAAUGAACAUGUAUUCAUAUAAAGCACAUGGUGUUUUAUGGCUUUGAAGCACUUUAUCAAUGACGUGACUCAUUUUGGAGGUUAAUCAGGAGCACACGUUGGCAUUCAGCUCAUGCCACUUGGAAUAACGCCAUUGCCGUACCCUGAGCUAAUAAGAAUAGCAAACUUGUCACCAGAGGUAACUUUAGUCCGCUUGCAGAGAACAGAUAUUUGGCAGCUGUGUCUGGUUUGUUUUGAGCGUCAGAAGAUUUUUGGGUCCAACAAAGAAGCAAUCUUACAGUAAACACAGCAAUCAUCAACAGACACACAGAUUAUAUGUGGAGUAAGAAAAAUAAUGAAGGUAUUCACUUCAUUAACAUACCAAAGAUGUGAGGCUAUAGAGCUUGUUGGGGCAAAAUAUCUCAGAAUUCUGCUUUUUAAAAAAUCAUUUGUGGUAAGGAAUCACCACUAAAAAAAAAAAUCUUGAAGGAUUUAACCAAAUUACAUCAUCUUUCUUCAGCAAGGAACUUUUUGUUCCAUUUCGCCACAGCUAAAAAUGUAAAAGAUAAACAAAUAGUUCUCUUAAAUCUCUUGCAUAAGUGCUGUUAAAACCUCUAACACUAUUGAAAUGUAUUAAAGGGACAGUUCACCCCAAAAUCAAACGUAUUUUUCCCCUUACCUGUAGUGCCAUUUAUCAAUCUAGAUUUUUUUAGCGUGAGUUGCCGAGUCUGCCUUCUCUCCAAUAUAAAGGAACUAGACUUGUGAUGCUCAAGUGGCAAAAAAAAUACAUUUGAAAAGCUCAACAGCAAUGUCUCUUUCCAGAAAUCAUAACCCGGUUACUCAAGAUAAUCUGCAGACCUCGUUGUGACUAGUUUCAUAUAGAUAGAUAAAUAGCACUACAGGUAAGAGGGAAAAAUAUGCAUUUUUGAUUUUGGGGUGAACUGUAUCAUUAAACAUUGAUGUCAAGACAUUUAUAAAUGAAGUUCUAUCUUCCACAUGUAUUUUCACAUGUACUCUCAUUCAUGGUUCCACUUCCUCACGUGGACACAGUUGUCCUUGUACAUUAGAUGAGUGCGUUCUUGUAUUUCCCUUUAAUUUGUUUACCAGAUAAAUACUGUAAUGAUGUCGUGGAAAGUAAAGAUUUCCUUGCGGCACACCUCAAAUGCUUGAAAAGUGUGAGGCGCGAUGCCUGUUUGUUCUUUUCAGUGACGCCAAGAAAGGCACUCUGUGGUUGUCCCUGGUGUUACCGAGCAACCGCAAUCAAGCAGGUCUUCACACAAAGAUGGUUAGCAUAUUUUAAGCUCAGCAGAUAUUCAUCUGCCAUUGUUCUCUCUGUUAGAUGUAGUAUAAUAUUCACUGGAGAGCUCUGGGUAUCCAGCACGAUCUGCUCGUCCUUCACUUUCAUAAAAGUAGUCUGAUGAGUGAUUGCACAGCCAGAAUGAUGCACGUGUCUCAUUACAUCCAGGAAAUGGAGAUAGGCCUUCUUUUUGUGCCACGGUUAAGAAAAUGAUCCUCUGUUCAAUAACAAAGAGUUUUAGAAUCCAAAUGAUGGUUACGUGGAUUCACACCAUCAGAGGCUCGGACACACUGCCAAUGUGUGCAGUGUUCCCAAAUAUACUGUGUAUACGUCAGAUAGAAAUAUAGUUUGACCAGUCUGAUGUUGUCAUUAAUUGUUGUUAGGGCUGGGUAUUGUUUAAAUAAAUACAAUACUAGUACGAAUACAAGUACACUAAAAAUGAUACUAAUACCAAUAGAGUUCUUUGAUGCCUUUUUUUCUAGUUCAUUUCAUACUCACCACGUUAAUGGAAGCAUUCAGUUGCUUAUAAUGCCACCAGACGCCACAGCUGUGGAGUAUAACCAUACUUUCUGAUGUUUUGGUAGCAUCUUGAGCUACCAACUCUGACUUCACCACACACUGUAUGUGUUGUAGCUGCUGCAGUAGUGGACCAGUCACAUGUCGCAUUAAACUGAAGAGAGUUUAUGGUGAUUGGCUGUGAGCAAAACCAUACAAAUAGUCAUUUCUUUGUAGAUCUGGGUAAAAAUGGAUCAAAUGCAAGUUUUGAUACUACUUGGUAUAUGGUUGGUUGAUACCCUAAAGCAGUGAUUCCUAACUGAUGGGUUGUGGUCCAAAAAUGGGUCCCAGGUGUCAAGUUUGUGUAAAAAAAACACUCUUUAUUUUGAAGUACAGUGAAUUUAGGCACAGAGCAUUAAUUUUGAAGUGCCAUUUCAUGCUUUAGAGUGAGUGAAUAAUGGACAACUGCUUAGCAGAGAUAGCAAGCUAGUUUGAUGACAUGGCCAAACAGAGGUAUGACAUUAUAAAACUGUGUGUGGACCUUAAACUAAUGACUAAGGAGAAAUAUGGACCCUGUGGCUAUACCAGUCGGGAACCACUGCCCAAAAGGUAUCAGCUACUGAUACCCAGCCCUAAUUGUUAUUCACCAGUCCAGACCCGUUGGACAAGAGUGCCUUGUAGCACAGACUAUCAAAUACUGUCAAGUACUGAAAGUUGGCAUCCAAUGCUUGAUCAGUGUCCUUGUUAUAACUUGUUAUUUUUAAUCAGAUUUGCUGAUUUAAAAUCUUAAUUCUAGACUUUUUUAUGUAGGCCAAGUUUUUGUGUGGCUGCUCAUGUUAGAUAAAGUUUAACAUUUAAGAAUUUCUUUCGUUAAAUGGGAAAAAAGUUUGUUGAAAAAAGCUGAGAUUCCUGAGAGUUAAGUGUUGAAAAGUUUUUGUUGGUUGUGAGAGUCAGGUAUCUUAUUGACACCGAAAAAUGUAAGACCUUUCAAUAGUGUGAGAGGUUUUCAGUAGUGCACAAUGUGAGCAUAACACAUUCUUGUAGUUUCAUAAAUACGCUAUUGAAUGUUUCAAUAGGUAGCGUUUCAGUUAACUUGCAUACAACGUAACACUGAAAAACAAAUAGAAAAAUGUGUCCAAGGUGAAGUUUUGUCCUUCACUGCAGAACUUAAACACUGAAAAGCAUGAAAGAAAGCAAACAGUGAUGUUUGUUAGUUACUGAUUGAGUCUGAUUGUUGGCUGCGCUGAAUAUGAGGAUCUUAAAUACGUGAACAUACAAACAGAUUUCUUGACACAGACAGUUGAUUCCAAAGAGAGAGAAAACUAGUUUCUUUACUUUGGAUAUGCUGAAUAACAAAGUACACGCUUAUAUAGAUUAAGAUCACGUGUUACAAAUAGAAUUAUAUAUAACUAUAACGUUUUCUGGCGGCACUGGUUGGACUGCUCCCUCAGUAUAUUUGAAAUGAACCUGUAAGUGUCACAUAAAUUUGUUCAGUCAUAAUAAGAAUGCCUCCAAUACUUGCAAAACCAAUGACAUUGAAAAUUUUACAAAAUACAGUGACGUGUAAUUUUUUUUCUUCUUUUUUUAGUCCUCGUGUGCAUUUUUCCACAAUGCAUUUUUGGUACAUUAUUGCCCAAAACAUUUGAUUUUCAAUUUUUUUAGGUGCAGCUCUGCAGUGCCUAAUGGUAAUACAGUCAUUGGCGACUGGACAGAUAGAAGCUUAUUGUUACCAUGUAAGGAUGGAAACUGCCCAUAUAGUACACCCAUAACGUUAACAUUCGAAGGCUGCGCAGCUUUUCUUUUCUUUUUUUCCUCCCUUUCCGCAUGUCUAUUCAUUCUGUUUUAACCAACUAUUUAUAUACUGUGGCAGAUAAAGAUAAAGGUUACAUUUAUAUUAGUAGUAUUAAUCUUUUUCUUUUCUGUAAAUGUUCUUCUAUUAUUUGUUGGCAUUUAGCUUUUCAAAAAAAACAUUUUCACUUGCGUCACACAAGGGGAGGCACGCACUUAUAUUAAUGCCGCAAAAUAGCAGUAAAUUACAUUUAAUUAUUAAACAAAGUUGUUUUAAUUUUUUUAAAGACAAACUUGUUUAAUUUGAUUUAUCACUUUAUCUAUUUUGAGGAUUUUGCUGUAUGAUUUAAAAAAAAAAAAAAAAAAAAUCAGGGUCAUGACAUCCUAAAAUAUGACCACAGAAAAUGUCAAAAAAUAGCAUUCAGUUCCGUUCCACUCUGCACCCACACACACUCAGUUUACAGUUAUCUUUACAUUUUAAUCUGUUAGAUCUGACACACCACCACAUAUAUCAUACAUGUUACACAGCUGGAGUUGAAAUGUUUUUUCUAUUUUGAACGGCUGACACAGAUAUGCAUCUUGUCCAGUUCUGAUAUGGUACUUUAAAAUGUCCAGGGUUGGCAGGAACUUAAACAAAAACGGAGAGUAAGCAGCACAGUCUCUGCACUGAUCUGCGAUCUGGACACCUGGAGCGCUGAAUUUCAGAUACCGUGUCUGAAAAAGUUUCACCAGUUGAGUUGAGUUUGUGGGAAAAUGUAGCCCUUGUUCAUUGACAUCAUCACGUUCACCUGUAACAGCCAUCAAGGCGUCGCCAUGUUUAGUGUAGAGCGGAGACAAUGACAGAUUACUCGCUGCUGUACACAUCAGUUUCUUACUGCUCCGUUGACACUCAGAUCCCCUCUCAUUGGCCGGCUGUUUGUUUGUUUGUGGUGAUUUCCUUGUUUCUGUUCAAUCAUUCAGGAUUUUUUUUGUCUCUUUUUAUCAACGACAUGCAAGUACAAAUGCUACUAUGGUCUUUAAAGCUAACUGUGAUGUGCAUUUCUUCCACUGUUGCUCAAUCUUGUUCAAAGAUUAUUUUCUCCCCGCAUUGACUGGCAAGCUAAUAGCCCUCGUUUCUUUCUCUGCUGUGACCUCCUCUCCCUCCCCUCUCUCCCUCCACUGUCCUCUGCCCUCCGUGAGCCUACAGUACUAACAAUUUUUAGACGUCUUGUGGACGCUUGGCUUCAGUGCUGUGUUGUUUUUACUUUUAUUGCACUCUAUUGAAGAAAAAAGUUUGAAAAGUUGCAUUUAAUUUUUCCUAGAAUGCUUACUAUUAUCUAUGUCUGUACGCCAUUUUUUCUACCAUUUUAGUUGCUUCUCUUCUAUUUUAAUCAUUAGUCAUUUUUAUGUGGCGACCUCAAACAUUUGCAGCAUACGCCAGUCUGAGGAGUUUCAUGCUUCAUAUUGUGAUCUGAAAUUUUAUACAUGUCAUAAUAAUACUUGAUAUGUACCUAUUAAAUAUUUGGAUUCCAGAAAAAAAA